CUAUUAUAAUGCUUGUUUCCUCUACCACUAGUAUGUGUCUCUGAACAAGUCCAGUGUCCUCAACACCAUUCAACACCACAUCCAGCAUCACCACUAACCACACCCAUCAUAUCACCACCAACUACCCCCAACAUCAUAACUACACAACUCAAACCCCCUACAUCAGUCCAAAAUGGACCUCCUCCUCUCCCUCCCAAUAGCCUCCUACCUCCUCGCCCCCUCCUCAACCUCCCUGUCCACCUCGCUCAACCUGCUCUUCUUCUACAUGACCUGGACCACCCUCAUCCUCUCCCACUCGCCGCUCAAGAUCCGCCUCGUCGGGUCUCUCGCCAUCCGCCUCGCGCUGUGGCUGAUACCGUCUCUCGUAACCCUCCUCUUCGACCUCGCCCUCCCCAGCCUUGCCGAGUCCAUCAAGCUCGGCGGCCGCUCCGCCCUGCCUCCCAGGGAUCCUCGUCGGCUGCUUAGACAGCUCGGCCUCGCGCUCUUUAACCUCGUCUUCACUACCGCUGCCGAAGGUGCCUCAAGCCUUGUUUUCGCAUACAUCUUCCAGGAACCCGACUUCAAGACCAACUCCGCCCUGCCUCUCCCCUGGCAGAUGGCAAAGCACAUCUUGAUACUCUUCUCCGCCCGCGAACUCCUCCACUACAACCUGCACCGCUACGUCCUCCACGGCACAUCGUCCCUCGCAAAACACCACACCCGCUACGCCCACACCCGCGCCGCCGCUCCCUACAGCCUCCAGCUCUUCGCCGACCACCCGCUCCCGCUGCUGGUGCACCGCUUCCUCCCCAUCUACCUCCCCGCGCUGGUCCUCCGCCCGCACCUGCUCACCUACUUCCUGUUCCUCGCGCUGUGCACCGGCGAAGAGACGCUCGCCAUGUCGGGCUACAGCGUCGUCCCCGGCAUCAUCAUGGGCGGCAUUGCGCGCCGUUGCGCCUUCCACUAUGCUGGCCAGGGGGCUUCCAACUACGGCGCGUGGGGGCUGCUGGACUGGGUGAAUGGGACGAGCCGCGGCGGGGACAUGUUGGAGGAUGUCAAAGCUGAAGCCGAAAAGCACCAUCUGAAGGAACGGUCAGCAGACAAGGUCGACAAUGGAGUGGGCAUGAUUCAAGGUGGACUUGAUGCGUUGAGGAACGGGAAUGGGCCCCGGAGAAGCCCCAGGACGAGAUCGAGUAAGCGAUCAUCCUAAUUAUCGGAUGGCAUGUUUUAUGAUGCAUGAGAUAUUUCACG